CAGCUUCGUUUUCUCGACGGAUUGUUGUUAGAUGUUGAACCAACAAGGCGAGCAGGAUGGAAGUGAGGGAUGCCAAUGCUGCUAUGCUGAGCAAUUAUGAGGUCUAUCAGCUGCUGACAGACCUGAAAGAAAAAAGAAAGGAGAUGGUUAAAAAUAAGCACAGCACCGGGCAGCAGAAUCUCAACACCAUCAUGUAUGAGACCCUGAAGUACCUCUCUAAGACGCCAUGUGUUCAUCAGAAACCUGAGACUGUAAAGGAGUUCCUCACCGCCAUGCUGCCUCACAAACUUACUAAAGCUGAGAAGCUGCAGCUCUUAAACCACAGACCUCAGACUGCUGUUGAGAUCCAGCUGAUGGUAGAGGAGAGUGAAGAAAGACUGACAGAAGAACAGAUCGAUGAACUUAUACAGAAAGUCACGGACAUCUUGCCUGGUGACCCGCAGACAGAAGCCAAUGAAUCUGCUGAUCCUCAAAUGGAGACCAACCAAUAGCAUCUCCCCCAGAAACUCACCAUUUUAUUUUAGUUUUCCUAGUUCUUUCAUUCUCAAACACCCAAGAGACUGACUUCAGAUUGGUUGACAGUUCUAAUGCUUCCAUUUACUGUUGCUCUUUCAUUAUAUCAAUGAAAAUGUCAGCCAUUGCUACAUCUAAAAAAAUAAAAGUCCAUAUUUAUUUAACAUUGUGCAUAUGAUCCAUAAAUAUCAUGGCAUUUUUUUUCCAUGCACAAUUGUAGUAGCUGUAUUGAUUUAUGUUUGAGUAAAGGACACGAUCUUCUGGGCUCAAGACAAUCUCAGUUCCUCUGUAACAUCCUUCCUGUAUUGCAACUCUUUAUUUUAGCUCAUAAUUAUUAUAAUCAGUGACCAUCAUUUUUUCGAGAGAGAGUGCACAAAAGAAAACCCAGACCAUUUAAAUGUCCAUUAAGGUCAAAUGUGAAAACUGUGAAUCAACAUUAAGUUUUUGACUUUAGAUUUCUAGUAUACUCAUAUAAGUUGCUUAAAGGAUUGGUUCACUUCCAGUGAAAAUGUCCUGGUAAUGUAUUCACCCUAUUGUUUCCAAGAUGUUGAAUAAAAGAGAGUUUCCGGGUUUAAGCAUG